AUGUUGGACAGUUGGCGCUGGAUUUCUUCUCCCGCCGCAGCACCCAAAACGAGUCCGCGGUCCACAGGUGAAUCUCCUCCAGUGUCUCUGAUCAUCAAUCCCAGGAGAACUCAACACUUUACUGCUGACUCUCUCUCACUGAGCUGUGAGGACCAGAGUGACUCUACUGGAUGGACAGUGAGAGGAUACACACACAGUGAGGCAGUGUCUGAUUGUUCAUCAGUUUCAGGAUCUACAUGUAUCAGCUCCCUCUCUACAUCACACACUGAAGUUUACUGGUGUCAGUCUGAAUCUGGAGGACGCAGUAAUCCUGUCAACGUCACAGUGCACCAUGGUGAUGUGAUCCUGGAGAGUCCUGUCCAUCCUGUGACUGAGGGACAUCCUCUGACCUUACGCUGUUUAUAUCACAACUCAAGUAUCUCAGCUUCUGGUGUUGAUUUCUAUAAAGAUGGUUCAGUCCUGCAGAACAAGACUACAGGAGAGAUGACCAUCAGUACUGUCUCAAAGUCAGAUGAAGGUUUCUACCACUGUAAACACCCAGAGAGAGGAGAGUCACCGAAAAGCUGGGUUUCAGUCAGAGAUGGAAAAGCUCCACUGUCGGUACUGAAGCUCCUCAGCAGUGCAGUAGCGGCCUCUCCGUAUGUGCUGGUGACCAUCAUUCUGGCAGUGAAAUGUUACAGAGCUCGAACUGACCCUGAUGAGGACAACAAACCGUACAGAGUGAUAGAAGCUGAAGCGUCUGUCUGAGUCUCGGGUUUUUACAUUAUUUUAUCAUCUAGCUUUUAAAUAACAGCAGCUCCCCGUGCAACAGAGAACACAUUCGUGUAUGUGCUCUGUCAGUAAGUACAGUUUUAGUGAUGAGUGGCUGUGAUGUUUCUGUGAUUUUGGAUGAAAGCUUUAAAUUCUAAUCAUGUGUUAUGUUUUUUUGCAUUUAUUUCACUUUUUAACAGUCCCUCCAGGAUUUUGUGAUCACAGAAAUUAACACAAAAAUCAAAGAAACUCCACAAUAUUCAGAUUCAAUAUUCAACUUGCAAUCUUUCAAAAUUAGCUCAGAUUCUCCGCAGAUUUGGGCCAAGACGCAUCAUGUGACAUGCACAAUGUGCAUUCAGCCAAAGCCCUCUUCCAUUCAUGUUGAACAUGAGUACAGCAAAAAGGUCUCAUUUACCAACAAACAUCACUGUGAAAGACAGUGAAAAAUCCUGUAUAGACUGAUUUAAGCUUUACUUUGUAUUUUUGUUUUAGGUUAUAGUUUUUUUUAGGUAUAAGACUUCAUUUUUUAACUUAGGUGAUUCCUAGUCUUAAUGUAUGUAUCUGUAUUACUUGUAUGCAUUUAUUUUCAUUAUUUAAACUUUAUUUUGCAUUAUUGAUGUUUUUUAAGCUAUAUGACUUUUACUUUGUUUAAAUUGAAUAUUAUUUUUGAUUCUGUAACCAGCAUUUACUCAAUGUAGCAUUUGCUCAGGGAUAAAUAUGCAGUAUGGGUUGAUGCAGUGUAAUAUUUGUAAUUAAAUAGAGUAAGACUAGUAAUAUUUUAUGAAGUAAAUACUUGGGCAGAUAAGUUUUGUUUAGAAUUCUUUUUCUAAAGGGAAUGAAGUGUGCUUUUGUUCUGAUACAUUUUUAAUAAAACAAUAAAGUCUGUUAUAAAAAAAAAGGUUUCAGUUUUUACUAAAUAACCAUUAUAUAUAAUGGUAUAAUAAUAAAAUUAUUACAUCUACAUUAUUACAUAUAGAUUCAGAAAUCCUAAAGGCAUUUAAUACUAUUCUCACAUUCAGCACACAGUCAACCACAUCACAUCAAUAUACAGAUUUUUUAUUUUUUACUUGUUUUAAAAAAUGGAUCUAUCUGCACUUGCAUCGGACUCCAACUCAAUUACUUGACACAUGAUAUUAAUUUCUCAUUGCCACAAUCUAGUAAUAAUGAAAUAGUAAUAUAAUGAAAAAUUCACUGAACAGCACUCAUAACACUCCCUUACCUUUAAGAUGGAAAGCCCACAAUGGACAUGAUGCAAUGAAACAUCAGGAUAGUGAAAUUCUGUAAGUAAAAAAAUAAAAUUAUAUACAUUUAUAUAUACAUACACACACAUUAUUUUCAAUAAAUAUAUUUCCAAUGAGCCUAUUCACAUGAAAUUCUCCAGACAUCAAUAUUAUACAGUGGGGAAAAUAAGUAUUGGAUGCAUCAACAUUUUUUUCAGUAAAUAUAUUUCCAAUCAGGUUGUUCACAUGAAAUCUUCACCAGACUUUGGUAUUAACUCAAGAAAUCUGGAAAUAUAAAGAAUUCUCAACAUUAAAAUCCAUGAAUAAAUUUAUGUAUAAUAAAGUGUAAUGACACGGGGAAAAAAGUAUUGAACACGCCAAGAAAAAGCAGUUCUCAAAGGCAAGGUAAGGCAAGGAACCAGCUGAAAUCCAUAAUUAAUUAUACCUCCUAUCUGUGCAAAUUAAUAUCAGCUGGUUUAGUAAAUUGAUGGUCUAUAAAAAGGCUUUUCGUUACCAAGGUGUCACACAAGAAACAUCUCAUGAUGGGUAAAAGCAAAGAGCUCUCCCAAGACCUUCGCAACCUUAUUGUUGCAAAACAUAUUGAUGGAAUCGGAUACAGACGCAUUUCAAAACUUCUGAAUCCUCCAUUAAGCACCAUUGGGGCCAUUAUCCGCAAGUGGAAGUAACAUCACUCCGUCAUCAACUGGCCAGGCACAGGAGCUCCUCGCUAGAUUUCUGAUCAGGGAGUCAGAAGAAUAGUCAGAAGAGUAGCCCAAGAGCCAAGGACCACUCAGAAAGAGCUCCAGAAACACUUAGAGGCACCAGGUGCCAUCGUCACAAUGAAAACAAUAGGCAAUGCACGCCACUGCUCUUGCAAUUAAUUAGCUAGCAAGCUAAAAUAUUUGUGGACUGUCGCAAGCUAUAUUAUAUUAUAUUAUGCUACCUCCUUCUGAGUACAUGUUUGAUAUUUUUUACUCUCCCUCUCUGACCAGCAAUGCAAAAUAGUCUGCUGGGCAGCAGUCACUCAAGCCCCUGCCCCUUUUGUCUCAAAAUGUAAUCCUCAUUAUACAUUUCCUGUCAGUCAGUAGUUACCUACAUAAAACCAGUUAGUUUUGUUUGUAUUUUGUUACUGCUACUUUUCUGUACAGAUUGUGUUGUGCUCUGAGUGAAUGUGGGGAGAGUCGGGCUUCCAGGUUGCUGCACUGCGUUGAUUAAACAAAGCGCGCGCUCAGAACAGUGACUACGUUCACAUGGACAGCAGUAAUCUAAUUAUUGACCUUACUCUGAGUAAGAUAAUAAUGUGAUUAAGGUGUUUACAUGAGUCGCUUUUAGAAUACUCCUGUCAUGUUCCCGUUUUACAUGUUAUAGAACAUAAUUAGAUUAACAGCACACGUCAUUACGUCACCGCGCCACGCCGUCCGACGUCCCUCCAGAAUUUCACGUAUCAACAUACAGUUGGUCUUCGUUAUGGUACCGUGUACAGUUUUGCAUGUUUUUAUUUAUUCUUUUUAGGAACGCUUUAAGUGCAGUUAAUUAUUUGUCAUGCUGUACGUGCUAAUAGACAACUGCUUGAAGCGGUGGGUGUGUCCCAAACCACGUACUUACCGUCUAUAUAGUAGCCGAGAUACAUGUAUUUUUCCCCACUACAGGCCUAUAGUAGGAAAGUAUGCGAUGUGGGACACAACCGAACUCUCUUGUUCACCGUAAAACGUAAAACUGCCGUGUGUGAUCGUGUCCUGUCGCAAAAUGCGGUGAAAACUCUCACACGACGUUCAUAAUGUGAUUAAGGUGUUUACAUGUCACUACUACACGUCCAUAAUGCGACUAUAACAGGAGUACUCCACCUGUCUUAAUUAGAUUAUUGCUUACUUCGAUUAUGACCUUAAUUACAUUAAGGUAAGUAAAAAUUGCUGUUUACAUGGUAGUUUCUUAAUCAAAGUAUGGUCUUAAUCGGAUUAAGAGUGGAUUAUUGUUGUCCAUGUAAACGCAGCUAUUGUUUAUGAAGAGUCAGGUCAGCUGGCACAUGCGCAGUGCAAUCGGGAAGCCGAUUGAACCAUUUAUGUGAUUUAAAGGGGGUUCCGGGGUUCGGUAAUUUUAAAUACCGGGGUGAAAGAAACAGUAAAUUAUUAUGGCCUAUUGUUGUUGGUAUUUAGAUUUUUAUUAUUAUUUGUUAUUUAAUUAAUGAGCCAUAAUGAACAGGUGAAGUUGAUCGAGAAAGGUUUUAGAGGUAAGUAAUAGAGGUACUUUGACAU